CCCCUCUCUAUUUAUGAAAACGUCACUUCAAGUCCCUCCCUGUUUGAAUCUCAUUAGUUUCUUGUGUGUUUCUCCCUGUCAAUAAUCCCGAAUCCAGACUCUCUCUAUUUCCAUCCCUCUCUAUCUGUCAAUCAGCGCCGCCUUUGAACUGAAAACCACUCCGACCAACUUCAACUCCUCAAUCCGAGCGGCUCAGCUCCAUCUCCGGCUUCUUUUUCUGCCAAGAUUCCCCUCUUUUGAGUUUGUACUAACCGCCAGUGCUUGGAAAACGCCAAUACAGACCCUAAACUUAAACUCGGAUCCGGGAUCACUAAGAUCAAGGGUUUAAAACUUUGUGUUUUUGCCCCCAAAAUUGCUCGGGAAAAAUGCCGCAGCUCAACGGCGGUGGAGGGGACGAUUUGGGUGCGAACGAUGAAAUGAUUUCCUUCAAAGACGAAGGGGAACAGGAGGAAAAAAUAUCGGAGAACUCGUCUGCAGAAAGGGAUUUAGCAGAUGUCAAAUCUUCUCUUGUAAACGAAUCAGAAACGAAUCAAAACAGCUCGUCGGAUUCAGAGGCGGAAAGACGGCCUCCGCCUAGAUCGGAAACUUUCAGAGACAAAACAAGAGAAAGUUUAGAGGAGGCUGCGAAGCGGCAAGAUGGAGGGCUGUUCAAGAGCCCACCGUACCCGGGCUAUCCGUUUAUAAUGAUCCCUGAUCUUACGAGCCCGUACCUCCCGAACGGAUCACUUUCUCCAACUGCACGCACAUAUCUACAGAUGAAAUGGCCGCUGCUCGACGUCCAGGCAGGAAGCCUCCAGAGCAGACAAGCACUAAAAGACGCCCGGUCCCCGUCGCCCGCUCACAUCGUUGGGCCUUUCUGCUUGGAGCUCCCUGGACAGACAGAUCUGAGUCUUCACCAAUUUCAGUUGUCUAAUAAAGUACCAGUGGUCCAGCACCCCCACCAUGUGCACCCCCUCACACCACUGAUCACCUACAGCAAUGAGCACUUCACCCCCGGCAACCCGCCACCGCACUUACAGACAGACGUGGAUCCCAAAACAGGGAUCCCGAGGCCUCCCCAUCCUUCAGACAUUUCUCCAUACUACCCUCUGUCGCCGGGCGCCGUCGGGCAGAUUCCCCAUCCGCUGGGAUGGUUAGUACCACAGCAAGGUCAGCCCGUUUACCCAAUCACGACAGGAGGCUUCAGGCACCCAUACCCCACUGCUCUCCAAGUCAACGCAUCCAUGCAAAGCUGCUCCGUGGCGUGGCGUGACGUGACAGGAGGUGGGGUGGGGUGGGGGGUGGAGACACACUUGCCCUUUGAUAUUCACCUUCUACUGAAUCUGUGCUCUGCCCCCCCCCCCUACUCAUCCAGAGGAAAGACAGAGAGAAGGAGGGAGAGAAAGAAAGAGUGGAAGCCAGAAGGCCAAGGAGAUAAAGUGAGGGAGGAACGAAAGAAAGAGAGAGAGAUGGAAGAAACACCUGUUUCUUUGCCCCCCCCCCCGCCCCCCAGGAGGAAAAAGAAGUGUAUCCGCUACAUCCAAGGUGACGGUAGCUGCGCCAGCCCCCACUCUUCUGAAGGAAGUUUACUGGACUCUCCCCCCUGCUCCCCCCCGUCCGCCCCCCUGAAGGACGCCCCCCCCAAACAGCAGGCUGAACAGAUGCAACCCCUCUCACUGACUCUCAAGCCCCCGCACCCCCCCCUGCAUCACCACCACCACCUCCUCCACCACCACCACCACCUCCACCCCGGAGCCCCUCCCCCUCUGGCCUCCCUGCUGGAAAGCCCCUCCCACUCGGCCAAAACCUCCGGCGGCCACGCCCACAACGGCUCCCUGGACCUAUCGGAUGUGUCUCUGCCUCCGUCCUCUCGCACUUCUGGAGCGCCUUCCUCCUCCUCUUCCUCCUCCUCCUCCUCCUCCUCCUCUUCCUCUUCGUUAGCGAGAGGUCCGUCUGGGCCCCUGUGCCCGCCCCGCUCCCUGUUGCCGAGCGCCAACUCAUCACAGCCCCUGUCUCUGGUCACCAAACCUCUGGACUGACUCUGCACUUGCUCCUCUCCUCUUCUGAUGUUCUUACAUUCAUCCCUUUCUCUUUACUUUCUCUUCAAUCCUUUCUUUUGUUUGUUGGUUUUGUCCUCUUUUCCUUGCUUGUGCCAAGAGGCUUUGGAUAGUAGAGCACUUUUUUUUUGUUAUUUUUCUCUUUUUUUAAUUAAUUAAUCAAACUUCAUUGGUCAAUAUUUGACCCUUCAUUAUCUUAAGAAAAAGGAAUUCUAUAAUGUAACGAGGAGAGAAAACUUACGAUGCAUUUGUAGAGUAUAGUGUCAAUCUGCCAAAAUUUGUAUAAUUUUUUUUUGUCUGUACAACAGAAAAUGAAUAGUUGUUAACGUAGUCGGGCAUAGACGUGUUUAAAACAGACCUAUAAAGCAUAAAGUAGGAGAUUUAAGAAGGGCGCGCUUUUCUGAGAGAGCAGCCCGGUCUAUUUGUUUGUAUGAAAUACGAGCCAGCGAACCAAUCAUUUUACACCUCUUUAAAAGAUGGAGGGCACAAGGACCCUGGGGAGCGUUCUCCAGCAGAGGACCUUCUUCCAGAGCUGUGUGAUGAUGUUACUCUCUCUUCUUUAAAUGUACAGAAAUGCGGGGAAGGGGGGUUCUGUGUUAAUAUGCAUUGUUCCAUUGCGUUGUUUAUUUUAUUUGACAUCUUUGGCUGUUUACCUGGGGGCCUCGGGCGUGGAGAUUGAAGUGGGUGGGGGGGAAAGGGACCUGUUUAGAUGGGGUUCGGGGGUGGGGUGGGGUGGGGGGGGGGGCAGGUUGCGGGUAUUCAAUAUGAACUGUCACAAGUUAGGACCAGUAGUAUUUAUUACUUUAGAGAAUGCUUGUUGUAUCUUGUAUGUUGUCCCUUUUCCAAUACCUUUUGUCUUUUUUUUCUUUUCUUUCUAAAAGAUAUGUGCGAGUGAUAUAUAUAUAUUAAUAUAUAUAUACACACAGACACAGAUACAGACACUAUACGUUCAUGCACACACGAGUACAUGCUGAUUUCAUUUUUCUAUAAGGUUGGAGCCAUGUACCAUACCAUGUUUGGGAGCUUUUUUUUUUGUCCAUCUGACAUCCUGGAGUCCACUACGGGGAGGGCUUCUCCGAGCGGCGGGCCUCCUCCUGCACCACCAUGUAAACACUAGAAGCCAUUCUACUACACUAGACUAAAAGAACAGAACACUUUGACACAGCGAUGGGAUGGCGGGUUUGGUUUUGGUGUCUCCAGUAGUUGGCGAAGAGUUUCAAAGCCCUUGUUUUUUCUAUGAUACAGUCUCACAUCUCAAGGACUGUAGAAUUGUGUACAGAUUUUUUCCGUGCCAAAAUUUUGUGAUAAUUUCACACACACCCCCUUCUGAUGCGCUAGGGUUUCCCUACCCUUUCUCGUUGUUGUCGUCGAUUUUUUUUUUUUUUUGGUUUGUUUCGUUUUCUCUUUUUUUUUUUUUUUACCAUACUUUGCUGUGACGUUACAUAGAUUGCUAUGUAUGUAGUAUAAAUGUUGCUAUAACAAAUGUGUUUGGUAGCAGAUUGUCAAAUAUUAAAAUUUUAAAACGGAAUAAAAACACCUGGCAUCACACAGUACUAACCUUGAAGGGCCAAAUGUGUGUAUAGUAGGAGGGUCAUUAAAACUGUUGAAUAAAGAAGUAAACACAUACAGACUGCCACUUUUAAAUACACUACUACAUAUAGGUAGAUAGACAAACCGGCAUGUUGAUGUUGUAAGAAGCUGUUUUAAAAAAAAAAAGAGAAAAAAAAAAAAAAAGCUACAAGAGAAUCAUCCAUUGGGUGCCAUAGUAACAUGACUGUGACAUCACGCGGCUGUAAGCUCCAUCCUCCGCUUCCCCCCCACACGCUAAAAGACCAGUCCUUUUGAAUGUUUCCUUAACGGCUGUGAUGUUUAAUGCUCUUCUCCCUUCUUUUCUUUUCUUUUCUUUACCUUUUUCUUUUCAUUUUGGGUUUUUGUUUGUAUAUUUCUCUGUUUUUAUUUUUGUUUUUCAUCAUUGGAGAUGUUUUUUGUAAUGAAUAAAUGUUUAUGCUGUACAGUCUCUGUAGCAUGCGGUCCUGUAUUAAUAAAAGGCUUAGUAUGUGACAUCGUCUUCGACUCUUUCUCCUACCCACAGCAGCCCACCGCCAUAUAAAGGGACCCCCGUGGGACUAAACAUCAUGUUACAUUCAUCAUUUUGUUGUGGAAAUAAAUAUAAACUUAAUAUCUUUAGGGUUGUGGAAAUACAUAUAAAAUAAAAUAAAAAAAACUAAACCAAUGGGAAUAAACAUGACAUUUAUGGGAAUAAAAAGCUUUUGUGACAAAAAAAAAAAAAA